GCAUUUCAGAGUUUGCCAACUCUCCUGACCAAGUCAGUGACUACAUUUCUCCCCUGCUGAGCUUUGCUGCUGAACAUGUGCCACGUGCCAAGCACAAAGAGACUCCUCUCUACAUCCUGUGCACUGCAGGGAUGAGGAUUCUGCCCGAGAGCCAGCAGAAGGCAAUACUUGAGGAUCUCCUCACUGACAUCCCUGUGCACUUUGAUUUUCUCUUCUCAGACUCCCAUGCAGAGGUGAUUUCAGGGAAGCAGGAAGGAGUCUAUGCAUGGAUUGGCAUCAACUUUGUCCUUGGAAGAUUUGAGCACACAGAUGAUGAGGCUGAGGCCGUGGUAGAGGUGCAGGUGCCAGGCAGUGAGAGCAGAGAGUCCAUCCUACGCAGAAGGACCGUGGGAAUCCUGGAUAUGGGUGGAGUGUCCACGCAGAUUGCCUACGAAGUCCCUAAAACUGAGGAAGUAGCCAAGAACUUACUGGCAGAGUUCAACCUUGGCUGUGAUGCUCAUCAGACUGAGCAUGUGUACAGGGUCUACGUGGCAACAUUCCUGGGAUUUGGAGGGAAUGCAGCUCGGCAGAGAUACGAGGAGAGUCUGUUUGCCAGCACAGUGCUCAAAAACAGAGUGCUGGGCAGACAGACUGGCCUGAGCUCUGACUCCCCUUACCUGGACCCCUGCCUGCCCCUGGAUGCUGAGGACGAGAUCCAACAGAAUGGACAGGUCCUGUACUUAAGGGGAACAGGAGAUUUUCACCUGUGCAGGGAAAUCCUUCAACCCUUCAUGAACAAGACCAAUGAAACCCAGACAUCCCUCAAUGGGGUCUACCAACCUGCUGUGCAUUUCCAGAACAGUGAGUUCUAUGGUUUCUCAGAGUUCUACUACUGCACAGAGGACGUGUUACGUAUGGGAGGAGAUUACAACGCUGCUAAAUUCACCAAGGCUGCAAAGGAUUACUGUGGCACUAAGUGGUCUGUGCUCCGGGAACGUUUUGACCGUGGCCUUUAUGCAUCACAUGCUGAUCUGCACAGAUUGAAGUACCAGUGUUUUAAGUCAGCCUGGAUGUAUGAAGUGUUCCACAGUGGUUUCUCCUUCCCUGUGGGUUACAGCAACCUGAAAACAGCUCUGCAGGUGUAUGACAAGGAGGUGCAGUGGACACUGGGAGCUAUUCUGUACCGCACGCGAUUCCUGCCGCUCCGAGACAUCCAGCAAGAAAACUUCCGUGGCAGCCACUCCCACUGGAGGAGCUUCUCCUUCGUUUACAAUCACUACCUGUUCUUUGCCUGUUUCUUGGUGGUGCUGCUGUCCAUCCUGCUCUACCUGCUGAGGCUGCGACGCAUCCAUCGCCGCACCCUGCGCGGCACCUCCGGUGCCCUCUGGGUCCAGGAGCCUCUCCCUGCACAGAAGAUCCCAAGCCCCUUAUGA